UGGUGGUCAGUGGGAAGAAUGUCCUUUUACUUUGGUGGUCAGUGGGAAGAAUGUCCUUUACUUUGGUCGUCAGUGGGAAGAAUGUCCUUUACUUUGGUGGUCAGUGGGAAGAAUGUCCUUUACUUUGGUGGUCAGUGGGAAGAAUGUCUUUUACUUUGGUGGUCAGUGGGAAGAAUGUCCUUUACUUUGGUGGUCAUGGGGAAGAAUGUCCUUUACUUUGGUGGUCAGUGGGAAGAAUGUCCUUUAUUUUGGUGGUCAGUGGGAAGAAUGUCCUUUACUUUGGUGGUCAGUGGGAAGAAUGUCCUUUACAUUGGUGGUCAGUGGGAAGAAUGUCCUUUUAUAUUGGUGGUCAGUGGGAAGAAUGUCCUUUACAUUGGUAGUCAGUGGGAAGAAUGUCCUUUACUUUGGUGGUCAUUGGGAAGAAUGUCCUUUACAUUGGUGUUCAGUGAGAAGAAUGUUCUUUAC